CUGGACAGGCAUUCUUGACCCCUGUGGCACAUUCCCGUCAUCCAGCUCUCCCUCUAUGGUGCAUACACUGUGUCUGUCUGACCGUGGUCCUCCAGUCGUCCGCCCAAUCUAGCCCAGUCCAUUAUGUCUAGCAAGAGGCACUCGAGUUACACCGCAGCGAUCUUCGAAACCGGUCAGCUUUGAAUGAACAGCUGCCCCAAGAUGCCGCCAGAUAUAAGCAUUUCUUGGUAGCUUGCGCAUGUCCGCCCGUCAUCUUCUCCACUUCACGACUCAAAUGGUAGGAAGUCAUGGCUGUCACGCCAGCCGCCACGCCUCCUCACGGGCUAGAAUCUGAUUUUGUUCAUCCUCCUUCCGAAGCCCAGACUGUAUACAUUGUCAUGAGCGUAUGUCUCGGCUUGGUCACGCUACUGGUAGCCAUCCGCAUCUACACUCGGGCUCGAAUCACAAAGUCGCUGUGGUGGGAUGACUGGAUGAGUCUGCUGGCUUGGGUGUUCUUCAUUGCACUACUGCGAGUCACCUUCGGAGCUGUCGAGAAUGGCGGAGGCGUCGACAUCUGGAAUCUGCCAAAAUCGAAGUACAUGCACUUCAUCAAGUAUUGGAAUCUUAUAAUGAUCAUGGCCCGCGUCGAUAUUACUCUGGCCAAAGUCGCUAUUCUUUUACUCUAUCUACGCAUCUUUGUGCCUCACCAGACCGGAUCUCGGCAGAUGUGGUUUUGGAUUUGGUUCAUGGUAGUUUUCAACGUUGUAUACUGCCUGGUGCUCAUUCUGCUCAUCCAGCUACAAUGCGUCGGGCACAAGACUCCGCAAGCAAACGGCAGCUGCCUUGAUCAGCACCUUCUUCUUAUCACGGCUUCCGUCAUCAACGUGAUUACCGAAGUUGCAAUUCUCGUAGUUGCUGUAGUCGCAGUCUGGGGACUCCGAAUGCCAAUCGGCAAAAAGGUAGCCUGCGUUGCUGUUUUAAGCUUUGGGUCAGCGUAA